AGAGUGCCACUCGCUCUUACCCGCUCUUAAGAUUCGAGACAAUGUGCCGCGUACAGCGUAUUCUCUAGGCUUGCCUUCUUCUCCGGAGAGCCUCUGCUGCUGCUGCUUCCGCGAUCGGAUCCGAUCCUUGAUUAGGAGUCUUUUGUUUUUGCAGUUGUCGCCAGCACCCUGAGCAAAAUAUGUCCGGUACAAACAUGGAUGAGGUUAAGGAGCAAGAGGUUGCUGAUAGCACUCCUAUGGAUCUAGGUGAUGGUGACAAUACCGGGGAAGACCAAAAAGCUUCAAAUGAAAAUCAUGGAAAUCCCAUGCCUUCAGCCCAACAGGAGGAGGCAGCAAUUAAGAAAAAGUAUGGAGGCAUACUACCAAAGAAGACUCCCCUAAUAUCCAAGGUAAUUGUUGGUCUUGUAUCCUUUUUUUCUUCUUAUCUCCCCACUGUCCGAUGUUGCUAUUCUAGUUUUUGCUUUAUCAAGAUAAAAGUUACAAACAAACAAGUUCAAAUUUUAUGUCAGGACCAUGAGCGCGCUUAUUUUGAUUCUGCUGAUUGGGCAUUGGGAAAGCAAGGAGCAAAGCCAAAAGGGCCACUUGAAGCACUCCGCCCAAAGCUGCAGCCCACACCACACCAGCAGGGGCGUUCAAGGCGCUCAGCUUAUUCUCGUGGAGGCGAAGGUGAUGAUGGCGGAAAUAUGAACAUUUCCUCGGAGGAUCAACUAGAUAGUGGCAGCGGUAACAACACUGGCUAUGAGGAUCAGACCCACCACCACGAGUAGCUGCUGCCUGCUGCAUUUUCGCAAAUUAGAAGCUGAGCAUUCUGUCAUUACUAAAGUACCAGAGCGAAUAACGUGAACAAUGCCAGAUUUUUGUACUGGUUGUAACGUGUAACAUGAAUCGUUUACACACUGAUGAACACAUGACAUUCAUUUACUUAAAAAUUGCAUGUUUGACAUAUACAUUA